GAGCUGGACAUCGAGCAGAGCUCUUCUGUGCUUUGGCCCAUCAAUGGAGGAAAGAACGUCAUCUGUUUCAUACAUUUAGCUGGCUGCCAAAUCAGUUCAGUUCUUCCACAAACUAGUAUUUUUAUCCCACAACACAUUGUUUUCAUAGCGCUGUCUCUUUUGUGUGCCAAAUAUGCAUAAAAAAGACAACAGUCAGUGCCAAGAAAUGUUGAAAAGGGAAUUCGUGUAAAGGCAAGUGCUAGCCUUGCUAUCUUGGUUAGCUAGAUAGCUACAAUUCUGAUCAGCUAGCUAGUUCAAGAAACCGAAUUAAAACCCCAAAUUAAUAUCCAAGUAAAGAAAUAUUCAAUUGCAACCAGACGAGGGGCUAUUUGAAGCAAACUCAAUUUCUGCUAAAACGUGGUGGCCUAAGCCAUGGGGGCGUUCCUGGACAAGCCCAAGACGGAGAAGCACAAUGCCCACGGUGAGGGCAACAACCUCCGCUAUGGCCUGAGCAGCAUGCAGGGAUGGCGGGUGGAGAUGGAGGACGCCCACACCGCUACGGUGGGUCUACCCCAUGGCCUGGAUGACUGGUCCUUCUUCGCUGUCUAUGACGGCCACGCCGGCUCCCGCGUGGCUAACUAUGCCUCUAAACACCUGCUGGGGCACAUCAUUACCCACAGCAUGGGUUCCCCGGGCCCUGAAGGUGUCACCCCAGCCCCCACCGUGGAUGUGGUCAAGACGGGGAUCCGCACCGGUUUCCUGAACAUCGACGAGCACAUGAGGAACUUCUCAGACCUGCGUAACGGCAUGGACCGCAGCGGCUCGACAGCCGUAGCCGUACUGCUCUCGCCAGAGCACCUCUACUUCAUCAACUGUGGUGACUCACGGGCCGUGCUCUACCGCAAUGCGCAUGUCUGCUUCUCCACGCUUGACCACAAGCCCUGCAACCCACGGGAGAAAGAGAGGAUCCAGAACGCAGGUGGCUCUGUAAUGAUCCAGAGGGUGAAUGGUUCCCUGGCCGUGUCCCGGGCCCUGGGAGACUACGACUACAAGUGUGUGGAUGGGAGGGGUGCCACGGAGCAGCUGGUGUCCCCAGAGCCCGAGGUGUUUGAGAUUGAGAGGGCCCCAGAGGACGAGUUUGUGGUGCUGGCCUGCGACGGUAUCUGGGACGUGAUGAGCAACGAGGAGCUGUGCGAGUUUGUCAAGUCCCGUCUGGAGGUGUCCCACGACCUGGAGAAGGUCUGCAACCAGGUGCUGGACACCUGCCUGCACAAGGGAAGUCGGGAUAACAUGAGUGUUGUGUUGGUGUGUUUGCCAAACUGCCCUAAAGUAUCAGAGGAGGCGGUGAAGAAAGAUACAGAGCUGGAUAAGUUCCUGGAGUCUCGCGUGGAAGAGAUCUUAGAGAAGGCAGGAGAGGAGGGUAUUCCCGACCUGGUGACGGUCAUGAGGAACCUGUCCUCAGAGAGCAUCCCUAACCUGCCACCAGGGGGAGGCCUCGCCAGCAAACGCAGUGUUAUCGAAGUAGUGUACAACCGGCUGAACCCACACAGGGAAGUGGAUGGGGCUACCUCCUUUGGGGAUGUACCAGAUGUGAUUGUCGAGCACUUCAGGAGAGACUGGAGCAGACCUUGAGGACCCCUGGUAACUGGCCAUCAGAACUGCCUGUUCCUACAACGGGACUCCUUUAUACACAAGACAUCUUUACUCACUUUAUUCCUUUUUAUUUUUCCUACGAUACCAAGAGAUCGAUUGGACCAUAAAUGACGAUUUAAAAAAAUCACACAAAAAAUCAGUUAACACACAACACAAAGGAUUGCAAAACAUUUUUGAUUAAAAAAGGGUGUUCAAAAAGCACUCGCACAUCUGAGCUGUCUUUGCUGCAGGUGCAUGCUAACAAUUGAAUAACAUGAGAAAAAAGAAGAACCGCGCACACGUUAGAGCUUUGUUGAAGGCCUUGAGGCCGAUACGUAAAGCUUCAUAAAGAACAGCGAUACUAGCAAGAGUAGUGUGCAGGUUUCUUCUUUUUUCUCAUAUUAAAAAAGAGGGGAAAGAAAGACUGCGAUGGUAGUAUAAACGAUGUAUACAAAAUAUAUAUACUAGACAAAUUAAGACUUGUUGUUUUUUUUUUCCUUUUUAUAGCUUUUUUGUGGUUUUUCUUUUUGUGCUGAUGAAGAGACACGAGGGCCAUAGUUGGGACAUUUUGUGGCCCAUCCCUGUGCAGUCUGGGGUGCCUUUUUCCCCAUCGCUGAGGAUGGAGGAGCUAGCAACCAGCUGUAAACUGACCAGGCCCCAAGUCCCUGCUUCCAGACACAAGGGGCCCUACAGAGGACCACCACUGGGUCAGGGACUCACUGGCCUGUGGCUGCCUGGCUGGACAUUACUACUGGGAUUUCAGAUAGACAAACCCAAAUGUGUGGACAGGAUAGGAGUGACUGGCUGCAUUCUAUGGCAUUACUUGUGUGGAAGGGUUUGGAGACUGACCGCUUUUUGCACCUUUUCCCCUCACUUUUUCUCUCCAACCAACAACAAAUUAACAACGGAGACCCAGCUAAUGUUUGCAUUGACAGACACUGCCUCAACUUCAACCAUUUCACUUCCAUAAGCUUUCUAGCCUGCUGUUGAUCAAGAAAAAUUUAAAAUAUAUAUAAAAUCCAUAUAUUUUUGAUUUAUGUAAAAAAAAAAGAAGAAAAAAAAGUGUCAUGUGGCCUACUGUGUGUGUGUAAAGAUGAGGAAGUUGCUGGUUUGUUGACUUUAGGAGUCAAACAGAGAUCUUGAUUGACACAUGAGGAGAUCUACGUGGGUGUGUACAAACCAGCGACCCAAGGACUCUGGGUUUUUGGGCUAAAGGGAUUCUAACUGUCCACCAAAGCCUCACUACUCGUUUCUCCUUGCACUUCUCUCUCUUUCUUAUUAGUUUAUCCUAUGUUCUGUCUUUCCUCACCCUCUCCUUAAAAUGCAGAAACGGACUCUUGCAACAACUUGCCUUUUGUUUAGAUUUUUCUCAGAUAAUAAGUGUUCUUUUUUUCCGUUUAGCAAUUAGAAAUUUCUAGGCAAUGAUGAUGUUCACCUUUAGUUUAUUUUUCAAAUGCUGUGUUAAUAGUGUAAUAUGGUUGUUCCAUUGCGUUCUCUAAAUUUCAAUAGAAAUUGCUUGUAUGAAAAAAUGAAACCGAUGAAAUGUGUUAAAAGGAGAAGUCAAGCGUGAUUUAGUGUGCCGGAGAGGGGUGAGGUGGCUCUCGGCCCAGGUUUCUGGCUUGGCUAUGAUCUGGUACACAAGCCUUGGUGCCAUGUGACUUAGGUACUUGAAUGUUGGGUGUGGUUCUAUUUUUGCAAUAUUGAUUUUCAUGAGAUUAUUAAAAAAAUAAUUGUGGGGGUGUUUAAUAAUUUUUUAGCUGUGCAUGUUUUGUGUUGGAGGAAUGUGUGGUGUGGGAUGGGGGUCAGACUGGUGGGGUGGAGGUGAUGGUCCUGGUUAAUGGGUAUGUUUAAGCUAUAGUAGACACUGGGUUAAGAGGGUGUGGGGCUGCUUUGAAUGUAAUUCACCUUCACACUACACUGCACAGGCUGAGCGGAGGCUACAGAUGCUUUCCUCCCCCUGGUUAUUUGAUGACAGAACUUACCCUGGCAUUUAGUUUUCAUUGUUUCAUUGGAAUAUAUAGGCUAUAGAGUCCCACGUGGGGUUAUAUUAAUACAAUCUUUAUUCUCACUCAUCUUCCUCCCUAACUGGAGCAAUUUGCUGGUCCCGCCCCCUAUUACUAACUGUAAUGAUUGAAAAAUGAGAAUGUUUGUGAUGUUUUGGGGGCUGGAAAUGAACUUGGUGAUUUAGUGCCCAUGUUAUUCAUCCUGAUUUUCCUUUUAUCUUUUUUUGUGUAUCUACAAGUAUUGAUAUAUAGAAUGGUGAUCAUUUCCACAUUUUAUUUAUUCCUGAUUUUAGCCUUUAACAUGAGAGGUGCUGUAUUUGAGAAUGGCAUACGGUUAUGAUGUAGGUGUGGCAGGGUUUGCCCCGCCCCCUCUGCAGGGUCACCUGAGUGAUGAGGGGGUCAGGGGUCAAUUGUGAGUUUUCACCAUACCUCCUGAUAGUUCCCAGUAUAACAUUGUGAUGUUUCAGACCAUACCGUGAGCAUAAUCUUCAAUAAAGGAUUGAUACAUUUAGAUGAAA